AUGGCGGAAGUCGAGGAGGCGGAGGGGGCGGUGGAGGAGGGGAGGAGGGGUGGCAGUGGUGGGGGCGGCGGAGGAGGAGGAGGAACGGGAAAGGUCAUGGGUGGGGGGGAGGAAAUGGUACUGGUGGAGGGGGAGGAGGCGGCGGCGGGCGGAGGUGGGGGAGGGGGGUGGUGGAGGAGGAGGCAAUGGGGGAGGUGGAGGUGGAGGUGGAGGAGGAGGAAAUGGGAAAGGUCAUGGUGGGGGGGAGGAAUUGGUAAUGGUGGAGGAGGAGGCGGGGGCGGGGGCGGUGGUGGAGGAGGGGGUGGGGGUGGCGGACGGGGUGGGGAGGCGGUGGUAAUUGGAAUAUUGGGUGUUGGGUUUGGGGAUGUGGAGAUGAGAAGAAAUCAGAAGGAAGAAGCAGCAGCAGCAAGCUUCCCUCACCUUGACAUGCAUGGCGCUCUUGGUUAG